UAAACGUUGCACGCGCCCUGUUUUUUUCAUUUUUGUCGAUCCUGUAUCGUUUGUGGCAGUUGCCUUAGCACCCCUGGUUUUCGUUGUUAAGUCGAUAAUUUGGUCAAUAACAGCUUAAGUUUUCCAUUUUCGACAGUUGACAAAGGUGGUUACAGAUAUGGAUAGCCUGAAGAUUGAUGAAAUUUCUGAUGCUAUAUCAGAUGGAAAUGGGUUUCCUGAAAACAUUAGGCUUACAGAAAAUGCAUCCUUUACACACAGCUCUACCACAAAUGCCUGCCUUGAUUUUUAUUUUGAAGUUAUGCAGAAUACUGGACAGGAUCAAAUUGUCAGUCAAUUGGAAAAAUCUUGGUCUGAAGAUGCGCUGUUAACACUGAAGUUAAUUUUCCAAUUGCGAGAUGUCCGUUCAGGCAAAGGAGCUGUUGUUGAAUUUCAUCACUGCCUUAUUUGGCUUUUCCGUAAUCACCCAGAAACAUUGCUCUAUAAUCUUGAAUUUGUAGCCCAACAUGGUUAUUGGAAAGAUCUUUGCUGGUUGAUCAAAUUUUUGCUGAAGGAUGAUGUAUGUACGAGAACCGAAUGUCAACCCCGCAAGAGAAUUUGCGAGACUACACGGCAAACAAACAUUAAUUAUUCGCUCGAAGAACUUAUCAGCAAGCGGGUGAAUGGAGAUGUCAGCAAGCAUGUUUGGAAACGCUAUCUAAGCAAACUUCCAGAUGACGACGCCAAGCGAAAUGCUCUUCUAAAAUUCAAAGAAUUAUCCAAAGCAAUCCAUCUUACUCGAAGUAAAGAAGCCAAAAUAAGAAAGAAGGCAGCUAAAUCUGUUGCUGCUGUUAAACUCUUGAACUUCAAGAUCGUACAUCAACAUUUCCCUGCACUUUAUGAUAAGGUUGUCAGCUUAUUUACUUCAAAUUUGAAGCGCGACAAAGACAUGCUGGAUAAGAAUAAAUGCCUACCAAUGACUGCUUUAGUCGGGAAGUGGGCUCCUACUAUUGGCGACUCAAUCGACUGUUGUACAUCACUGGGUAAAAAUAUCGCCCGGGCUUUAUACUCUUCUUUUUGUCAACGAAUGGCCGACGAAUCUGAAUUGGAUUUUGAUACAAAAGCUUAUGUGCAUUACCGCAAAAACUUCCUAACACCGCUUCGAAUUGCUAUCAAGGUUCCUGAAAGACUGAUGUCACAGAAAACAUGGUCUGAAAUAGAUUAUCAGCGCGUUUCAUCCGUCUGUAUGAGAAGAAAUAAGAAAAACUUUUUGAAGAACGAUGCCGAGCGGUUUGGUUGUUAUCUGAGUGAUGUUAAGUCGGGUGAAAAGAAAAUUGCUUCUGGAGCCUUACUCCCACAGGAAAUAAUCAAACAGUUUAUGGAAUCAUUUGGCGAACCCGAAGAAUUAAUGGAAGUAGGCGAACUACAAUGGAAGAGCUAUGUGGAAAAUUUGAAGAAAUCGGGUUUGUUUAAAAGUGCCUUAUCCAUCUGCGAUGUUUCCGGAUCAAUGUCGGGAACACCUAUGGAAGCCGCAAUAGCUCUAUCUCUGCUAACUGCCGAACUAUCCAAUCCACCUUUCAAGAACCAUGUUUGCACCUUCUCGUCCAGUCCUUCUCUUCAGAUAGUAAAUCAAGCAACGCUGAAAGAAAAGGUUUCGUUCGUCAUGAAUAUGGAAUGGGGAAUGAACACCAACCUACAGGCAGUUUUUGACCUCAUUCUGGAACUGGCCAUCAGCACCAAGUUGCCACCAGAAGAAAUGGUUAAAACGCUCUUCAUUUUCUCAGAUAUGGAAUUCGAUGAUUGCGGAGGCGAUAAAUACGAAACAGAUUUUCAGUUAAUUAAAAGAAAAUUUGAACAAGAGCACUAUCCCCUUCCAGCCAUCGUAUUUUGGAAUCUAAGAGGACACGGCAACCGUUCUAAGCCAGUAACCAAAGACGAAAAAAAUGUCGCACUCGUCUCUGGUUUCUCUGGACAGAUGAUGAAAACUUUUCUAGAAAGCGGGCAAUUUGAUUCGCCAUACCUAGCCAUGCUUAAAACACUGGGAAAUACCUAUGACCAUUUAAAAGUCAUUGAUUAAUGCAGCUCUGCAAAUUCUUUAAACAAAUGGCACUUCUUAAUAUAGCCAGGCAUGUUUUUCACUAGUCUCCCAAUCGAUAUUAAUGCCUCUAAUACUCUGCGACUAAAUUGUAUCUCAUAUUCCGAUUGCUCUUUAUCUAACGUCAGCUGCAGAGCACUGUCUUUUCUUUUCCUCUUAUGUUUAAAUCUCCCUCGUAAAUUAAACAGUAGGCGUUCGUUUCGGUCAUUUCAUCUACCUACAUUAUUCUGGACUAUAUUGCACAAAUACAAUGUUUAAUCAA